CAUAAAUUCAAACACUACAAAACUAUGCCAAAAUUCAUGCUAUUACCUCAUUCAAUGCAACUCCUCAUUUCCAUAUCAUUCCCAUUUCCAAUCCAACACAAAUCACACACAUAUGUAUUGCCCUGCAAUCAACAACCCUUAUUGUCCUUCUUUUCUUUGUAUUUUCAAUUUUGAAAUAUUUCUAAACAAAAUUGUUGUUGAAACCCAAUACGGUACCUCUCACACUCUUACAAACUAUAUUGUCCUCUAUUGUUCAACAGCCCCUAUUGAAUGCAAACACAAACUCACACCCACUUCAUCUACAUGUAUCCUUUAUCCAUAACCAUAAACUAUUCCAAAGUUCACAACAAUAACAACCAUUACCAAAACUACCACACACCAGUUCAAUCUAUCUUAAUACUCUCAAAACGUUUACAUCUGAUUUCUCAAUCCAUUUGUCUGAAAAUUGCCUUCCCAGACUGUACUUCCCCUCACAAUUUCACCAUUUACAGCACAAUCCUUAACAAUUCCAACUCACCUACUUACAUACAAACUUUCUUAGAACAUUCUCCAAUGUCAAUCUAAUCAGAUUGCCAAAGUUAGCACACAAAUACAGACAUCUGUGGACUUCGCACUACGCCACAUGGAUAGUCCAAAACCCCUGCUUCGACUGCAAGCACGCCAACAUAUCACCGCACUGGGCGAAGAAGUUCCAUCUGCACUCAACAAACUUUCAGCUUCACUCCGCCAAUCACCAGCCAAAAAAAGACUGUUUCCUGCAACCUCUCCAACUACUCCCAAAAGAAGACCCGAGUCCAUUCCUCCUUCUCGACCAACAAAGGUGUACCUCCCUUCAAGGUCCCACAACAAACAAACAGACAACCCAAGUGAUGACAUCCUUUCCCAGGCAGGAUGGUCCGACAUCGAAGCACUUCCAGAUGACGCCUUCAACGACGAAAUUGCUGAUGGCCCACUCACCAAUAUCCCACUCACCGACACAGAAACUCCACCAGAAACUGAAAAAUAAACCCCUUCUACAAAAGAUACUUCCCCAAACAUCAUCUAGAAACCCCUUAUAAACGUAGUUAGCCACAUAGUUUUUUAAAGUUCUAUUACUUUUUUAUUAAAUCAAUCAGUUGCAAUAUCGCUUCCAGUUAUAUCAUUAUUAGCAACCCUUAUUACAAAACACACCCACCCAGUCCUAUUUCUUUCUCAAAACUCGAUUUUAAUUAACAAUUUUCCUAUUACAACUACAGUGCCACCCCCUUCAAUUUCACACUCUGCCACUAAAAAAAAACCUACUUACUCAUCACUCUACAUUAUAAUUUAUUACUUUUGUAUUUUCUGUAAUAAAAAACGCCAUAGUCCUCUACUUUUU